GACAAUUCUUCGACGACUGUUGCACAUAUAGGAUAUCGUUUGACAGACUGCAAUUAUGUCGACGACCCCACGACACAAUGUGGCGAGGAUCGAGUCUCUGGAAGCCCCCGUUGAUUACUCGCGAUUAGACUCGUCCUCGGCGCUGGUACAAGAUGAAGACGAAUCGAAAGAAGACGACAACAACGAAGGGGGUCAGGUAGCCCUAAACGACGUUGCCGACACCAAUUCGAUUUCAUCGCGUUGCCCCAAUACGUGUCUCGAGUCGCGACGAACCAAAGCCAUCCUGCUGUUUGCCCUCACGGUGUUGAGUAUCGGCGGCGUGGCGGCCGUGGUCUUGGUUUUGUUUGGCACGAAGGGCGACGCUGCAAGCCAUUCCUCGGCGAAUGGCUCCCAAACAUCCCUCACGACUGACACCUCCACCAACGUGCCUUCUGUGACGCCAUUUGCCACAUCAUCCAGCAUUCCUUCCAUCGCCAUCCCUACAACCACCACUCCGUCCACGAUCGUCGCCCCUUCAACCACUCCCCCCGUCACGGAGCCCAUCACUUCAACGUCCGCCCCAUCGAUGACGCCAUCGAUGUCCCCUCCCUUGACACCCAACAUCGGUCGGAUUCUCGAUGGCACGAGUGGAACGUUGCCUACCGAAGAAACCAACCCGACGAGCUUUCCAGAUCGAGGGUGCAAACUGCCCAACUACCGAAGCCACGACGGCCAAGUGUUUAUUCAAAACAGCGCGAGUGGGGUCGAAACCCCCGUAGCGAUCAAAGGCAUCAACUGGUUUGGCUUGGACACGGCGGAAAACGUGCCGUUUGGUCUGUGGGCCAACGACCAGAAUGGCACCAACAUCUACGAGAUUGUAUCGUUCCUGGCGCGACACAAGUUCAACAGCAUCCGCCUGCCGCUAAACGUGCGUGGUAUCUUGGCGAAUGGGCCCACGAACGAAAACCUCGUGAAUACGUAUUGGAGUCCGAGCGUGAACCUCACGACGUACCUUGGCACGGUCAGCUCCAUCGUGCACGCAUUUGGGUCUCGCGGAAUCUCCAUUCUCCUCGACUUGCAUUACUUGUCCCCGACCGACAAAGGAGAUGCGUGGUUUAGCGCAACAACUCCCGAAAGCAACUCGCUGGCGGCCAUCGACGCGUUGGCGACCACGUUGUGCAACGACAGGCACUGGAACGUUCUGGGGCUGGAUUUGAAGAACGAGCCGUGGGAUACGACGUGGGGUGACAACGGGGCGCGAGAUUUCAAAGUCGGGGCAGCCACGCUGGGCAACCGCAUGCUCAAGCGAUGUCCGCAAUGGCUGGCGUUCGUGGAAGGAAAUGCCAAGCCGCACACGAUCGACAUCAAAGGCCAGCGCUUCGAGUACUACGACUGGUGGGGUGGGGGGUUGCAGAAAGCGGGCGACUUCCGCUUGGCGUUGGAUGUACCGGCCAAGAUCGUAUGGGCCCCCCACUACUACAGUCCGUCCGUCUACCCCCAGACAUACUUGGUCAAGGACGCCACGCGCGGCAAGGACGUCCUGUACGGGUACUCGGAGUGGACCGACAACGAGUUGAGCGACAUCGUGCGGGCCACGUCGGAAGACAUGUUUGGGUACCUACGUCAUGUCCAAGACAGCGCGAUUGUGUUUGGCGAAUUCGGGGGGCUGUACGCGCUGGACGCACAUCCACUGAAGACGUCCCGGCGGGUGAUCCAAGAUUGCAUGAAAGUGAUGAAGGAGCCAGGGUACGCAGGGGGAUACAUGUGGUCGUUGAACCCCGAGAGUGGCUAUGCAUUCAACCCCAGCGACACGGCCGGGUAUUGGGAAGAAGGGCUGCUCAAGAACGACUGGGUCACGGUGAACAUGGAGUAUUUGCACGCACUGGAGAUCCUCGACGACAUGCCAAACCUCCGUAGCUUUCCCUGCUUCACUUAACUAAAUCAUGUAUGUCUUCCUGUUACACAACAUCGAGGCAGAGUCGAG